UUUUUUAGUAUACGUGACUCUAGUCCGCAGACGACGUUGUUUCAACACAUAUAUACACACAAUUCUCUCUGCUGUCAAAAAGAAGAUUUUCGUUUAUUUUUGUUAUAUUAUACACUGGACCACUAUAGUUUAAAAUUAAAUCGAAUUUGUAUGUCUCGCGCUAAAUUAUAGAAACAAAACGUUUCUUUUUUAACAUGAUUAAACUAUUUUCCUUGAAACAAGCAAAAAAGGAUGGAGAAUCGCCAAGAGGUGGAACACAGAAGAAAGCUUCUGCAGCCCAGCUGAGAAUAAUGAAAGAUGUAAAUGAACUUAAUUUACCAAAAACAUGCCAAUUAGAUCAUCCUGAUCCGGAUGACCUUCUUAGUUUUAAAAUAACCAUUUGUCCCGAUGAGGGAUUUUAUCGUGGUGGAAAAUUUGUUUUUAGUUUUAAAGUUGGGCCUAAUUAUCCACAUGAACCUCCAAAAGUCAAAUGCGAAACGCAAGUUUAUCAUCCAAACAUUGACCUUGAGGGGAAUGUGUGCCUGAAUAUUUUAAGAGAAGACUGGAAACCAGUCCUUACUAUCAAUACGAUUGUUUAUGGACUACAGUAUCUUUUCUUAGAACCAAAUCCAGAGGAUCCAUUAAAUAAAGAUGCUGCUGAAGUUUUACAAAACAAUCGUCGAGUAUUCGAGCAAAAUGUAGCGAAAGCCAUGAAAGGUGGCUAUAUAGGUCAAUAUUAUUUUGAACGAUGUUUAAAGUGAUACAUCGCUCGUUUCAUGGAGUGUGUGUAAAAAAAAAAAUUCACAAUCGCAAUGGAGGUCUUGAAAAAAAAAAUAAAAAAAAAAUAAAAAAUAAAUAAGGAAAAAUUUUCCGAGUACGAGUAAUGGAGCACUUGGUGUAGGACGUUUUUUGCCGUAUACCGUACGUUUUGCUUUUUAUAUACUCGCUAGUUUUCGAAUAUUCGACGAGACCUUCGAUCUCUUUCUCUCUCUCUCUCUAUUUCUCUCUUAAAAACCAUCGAAUAUUUCACGCUUCUUUGGUCUAUAAAUCUAAUCUAAAAUAAACAAAAAUAAAAAAAACAGGAAUGAUUAAUUAUAACAGAAAAACAAAUUUUACUUGUACAUAAAUCGAUUAAAAUAUGUUUCAAGUAUAAAGACGGAAGUGAAAAAUGAAAAACUUUAAACUC